GCGCGAUCAAUUUUUGCUAGGAAGGGGGAUGAGCAUAGGGAGCAGACAGAUCAUGGACAUGUCGAAAACAUAAAUUUCUUUGACAAGAUAAUUAAGGCGCUCCCCAUUCAUUUAGAAUCUUGUUGAUGUUCCUCUAAUUCACCUGGAAUUUUCGUGGUCAACUGAACAUAAUUAUGGCAGGGCACAGGGAGGUUAUCUCUCUCCAAUUUGGUCACUAUUCCAACUUCAUUGGCACCCACUGGUGGAAUAUCCAGGAAUUGGCAUUUGAUUACACUGCGACAGCUCCCUCUGAAAUUAACCAUGACGUUUUAUUUCGCGAAGGGGAAACUCGCCAGGGCCAUGUGACCUACACUCCCCGCCUCCUACUGGUGGACCUGAAGGGCAGUUUAGGUUCCAUGCCUGAGCACGGAGGCCUCUACGAAACCAGCCAGGAGGAGCAGGAGCCGGAACCUAUUUGGGUCAACCAGGUGGAGGUGCAGAGGAAAGAAAAGUUCAAGAAUAAUGAGUUUUUGGCAGAUCUCGCAAAUGAAGAAAAAACAGGUGAACCAGUUCCACAAACAAAACAGUACAAGUUGGAUGACUGCGUGGACGUCUGGUCUGACUUCCUCAGGACGCGGUACCACCCUCGUUCAAUCAACAUAGUUCAGGAGUACGAAAGAGGCAGUGAAUCGUCAAAAUUCGACGCAUUCCCGCAAGGAGCGGCUUUGUGGAAGACGGAUCUUUUUGAAGACACGUUUGUGGACAGCAUCCGCAGGUACGCGGAGGAGAGCGACAACCUCCAGGGUUUCCAGGUGCUGGUCGACUCGGUGAACGCCUUUGGGGGGCUGGCGAGCGCAGCCACCCAGUUCCUUGCCGACGAUUACAGUAGCAAGAGCAUUUUCACGUUCCCCGUGGGCCACGGCAGCUACCCUGAGCGACUGGCCGCCCUGGAGACCCUGCGGACGGCCAACGUGGCCUUGUGCAUUCAAAACCUGGCCUUACACAGCACUAUGAUGGUGCCCAUCAGCACCAGUCGGGGCUUCUGGCAGCAAAACGCCGUCCCGCGGCUGCUUCCCCACGUCAACUACAAGCCACACCUGCCUUACCACACCAGCAGCCUCAUCGCAGCCACCCUCGAAGGGUGCACCCUGCCCUUCAGGGUUCACAACGGUCUUGGCAUGUCUGACCUGGAGCACAGUUUAGUCUUCAACGGCCGAAAAGCGGUGGCCGCCAGUCUGAAUUUCCCCUUCCCGAUUGACGAUCGGGGCUACCUGCUGAACACCCUGGAGGACUGGGAGGGUCCCUUGCUGCAGGGGAUGUCCGCCUGCUGUGACAUGGACCACGACCGGGUGUGGGCGCAGUCCAUCUCCAUCCGAGGAGUGCCCCUGGCCAGACUGAAGCCGCCCAACGCCCCUACCAACAACAGCAACCCCGCCUACACCAGCACCAAAGUUGACGAGAUGCUCCUCUACUUCCUCCAGUGCACCUCUCCUGAGACCAAGAGUCACGUGACCUCAGUGAAUUUGCCCUGCAGCGUUGGGGCGCCCUUCCCGAACAUGUUUGCACCCUCCGUGGGGCAGACCGGCUUCCUGGUGCCCGAUGACCAGCCUAACACGUCAGGGGUCCGCACCGUGCCAAUGCUGACGGGACUGCACUCGAGUCGCAGUGUCGGCGCCAUGCUGGAGAGUCUGCAAAGUCAGGCGUCCCACUCGCACUGGCGCAACUUGCCACAGUUGGCAGAGGCAGGUCUCGAACGCGACGACUACAGUGAAUCGCUGGAGCAGUUGUUACAAUUCGCCGAAUGCUACAACGAAGAGUUUGAAGUAUGAGUAUUGAUUAUUUUUGUGCACAUUUAUAUAAAAAAGCAUUUUCUUUCCAUUGCAUUUAAGGCUAUGAAAAAUAUUUGAUUUCAGAAAUAUUGUAUUUAAACACAUUUUAACAAAAUAAUGUUUUCAUCAGUUUGAGAUAAAAAAAAAUAUUUGUUUAUUAGAGCUUACUUGAACUUGGAUCUGAUAGGUGCACGCCAAUGAUUACUUUAACAAUCUAUUAUCCAAUAUCUAAUUUUAUUGAAAUAUUAGUAUUUAAUAUAAACACAAAAAUGUGCCAAAUUAAUUCAAUUUGAUAGUUUUUUUUGUCAAAAUUCAACAUUUUUACAAAUAGCAGUCAAAUGCUUUUAAGGGUUGUGAACUAAUCCUUCAGAAAGACAAUUGAUCUCAGGAAAGCUUUCAGUAAAAAGAUCAAUCCAUUCCUGCAGAGCUAAAUCAUUCACACUCCUCGUCGUAUCCUCUGCCAACAUCUUUUCCACCGCGUUUUCCUUCCUGGUAAUCAAAACAUCAAUUAAUCAAAACGGCAACACUAGCAAUUUUAGACAAGUUUAUACCAAUUUUGUAGUUUUUCAUUGAACUCUUUUGGAGCACUCGCGUGAUCUAGGUAGAGAUUUUGAGCCUCGCAAACAUUUUUCUGAACUACUGCAGCUUCACGCUUUAGAGUUUCCCUGUGUAUGCCCAUGUUGACUGCAAAAGACUUUUGAUUAGCAACUGUGUAGAAAAAAAUAGCAAACGUUUGUACUUUUUAACGUGGUGAAUGCCUCCGAUUGUUCUUGAAGACACAGCUUUUCGUGUUUCUGCUGCAUUUCCAGUUGUCUUAGCAUGGCUUUUGCGCCGGCCAAAUCCGCAGUAACAGGCUCUGAUUGUGUACUUAAAUGGCAGAUAUUUAUAGAAAAAAGUUCUUUUAGUAAAUAUUUGGAACUUACUUGAUCUUAGUGAGACUCAUAGGGGUUGAACACAAUAUCUUGAUUAGUGCCAAAUUAUGCUUCUCUAUGUCAAGCAUUUUUCCAAAUUCAGUGCAGGACUUGUCGAUCUCGUGCAUAUCAUCAACAAGCUUUUGUUGGUGGGUGGAAAUACUCUCCAUACUGCUCAAAUCUUUCAUCACACUGUACCUUAGUUCCUCCUAUAGGAAAAUAAGAAAUAAAUCUUACUGAACUACACAACAGAUUUUC